AUGGAAGACAAGUGGUUCUUGGAGAGUGGAAGCAUCUUGCUAAAAGAACUUAUCGCUGAUUGCAACGGUAAAUCAGUUCCUACACGCAGCUUUUCUUCUUAUCAGAUCCUUCAAGCCACCAAUAACUUCCAUUCCAGUUGUCUUGUCACCAAUAAGAGGAGCCAUAAUUGGUAUAAAGGUAUCAUCCAAGACAAGUCUUACUUGAUCAAAAGAUUCUUGGAGUAUAAAAUUACAGGAGACAGCGUGGGGCAGGUUUACAAUGACAUUGUUUUGUCUGCUAAGAUGAGCAACCACAACAACUUUCUUAGACUAUCUGGCUGCUGUCUCGAGUUUAACCUCCCCGUUAUCGUGUUUGAAAAUGCACAACAUGGGGUUCUGAAUGAGCGAGGAGGUAUUAUGGUUGAUGGGGAGGAAUCUAUAUUGCCAUGUAGUGUAAGGUUGAAGAUUGCCAAGGAGAUUGCAAAUGCUGUGGCUUAUCUUCACAUGGCCUUCCCAAAGAUCAUCAUACAUAGAGUUGUUAUGCCAAGAAACUUUGUCUUGGACAGGAACUUGACCGCCAAGUUUUCCGAUCUCUCAAUGUCCAAAACUCUCCCAGUGGGAAAAUCAAGAAUAAAAGUUGAUUCGGUGAUAGGAUCACUAGGGUACCUUGAUCCAUCGUACGCUUGCACAAGAGUUGUGACAGAAUAUACAGAUGUGUACAGCUUUGGAGUCUUGUUGAUGGUUUUUCUCACUAGCAAACCAGCUCUCGUCUCCACUAGCUCUGGUGGCGACGACUCCCAAGGUAUUAUUAGCUAUGUAAAAGGUUUAUAUGAGAAAAGAAAACUCGAUGAAGUAAUUGAUCCAAUGAUAAUGAAAGACAUCACAAGUGCUCAAAAACUGAAGCUUGAAUCGUGUAUUGCACUUGCUCUGAGCUGUUGCGAGGAGAGUGAUGAAGACAGACCUAAAAUGAUGCAAGUAGCUAAAGAACUCAAACAGAUCCACACAUCAUUUUAA